AAUGGCGGCGAGUGCUCCUUUUUCUUUGAGCAACCGGCAGGAGCUCUGCCUUUUCAUUAAGAAGAAGAGAAUUGACCAGUUUAUAAGGAAAACUGGCCGAAAACCGAUACAUCUGCGAUACACGCACAUGCCAGCCCCGAGGCUGCGCACCACUCGAGUCGACGACACUGUCACCCAAGUGACCAGAGACGACACCCUACAACAGAACACUGGGCUCCGGAGCCACCGCUUCGACAUCCACACCGGCCCCGAGGCCACGCACCAGCCUAGUCGAUGGCUCCGCCACCCUAGAGGCCAAAGCCAACACCCAACGCACACGAGAUCUCUGGCGCCGCCGCACCGACUUCCACUUCGGCCCCGAGGCUGCGAACCACCUAGUCGAUGACCAUGUCGCCCUGGCGACCAAAGCCAACCACCACAUGUGGGAGAUACCCGGAGCCACCGCUCCAACUUCCAUGCCGGCCCCGAGGCCGCGCACUCGCCUAGCCGACGACGAAGUUGCAAAGCCACAGGGCCACCGCCAGCAAAUGAAGGACCAGACCUCCAAAGGCGUCGCCCCCAAGAGGGAAGCGACGAGGAACGCCGCCGACGCCCACUUCGGCCAAGGCCGAAGUUUGGGUUUUCACUCGAAGAGCCCGUGGCUGAGAUGACGAGGGAGGUGAAGGGGCUCCACGACGCCGCCUCCAACAAGGGAACGACGUCCUAGGACACCGUCGACGCCGGAAUCGACUGAGGUCGAGCUAGGCUUUCACCCGGAGCUCACCAAACCCAUCUUCACCACAGCCAAUCACCACCGACAGUGGCCAAGCACUCUACACCGCUUGCCACCGCCAACCACCUCUUACACGGCAAGCAAAACCACCACGGCACCACGGGUCGUCAUGGCAGCCCAGCACCCACCGCCUAGAGCGGCGCCGCCACGCCGCCAUCCUCCCUCCUCGCUGCCGCAGCCAACGCGCCACAGCGCUGCCCGCAGCCCGCCGAACUCGAGGCUGACCACCACGCACCAGAUCCGAGGCAGCCUCGCCCGGAUCCGUGCCCCAGACGCCGCCGGGACCCGCCAUAGGAGCACCAGCAAGCUGGGAACACCUCGAGCCGCACCUCUGCCGUCCACCACACACCAGAUCCGCGGGAGCCCCGCCUGGAUCCGCGCCCCGGACAGCCGCACCGCCACCAGCGCCACCGGCCACCACCGCGCCACAGCCGCCCGUCACCAGAUCCAGGCGGACCUCGAUCUGCAACCACCGGCGCCGGGGGCACGCCCCACCCCAGACGCAGCCAGCCACGCCACCAGAGGAGCCCGAGCAGCACCGCCGAAGGGUCCUCCGCCGCGCCACCGCCACCCGCGAGCUUGCCGCGCCUCGGACCAACGACCCCGGCCCGCGCCAGGACCCUGCACGCGAGGGGCGAGAAGACCCGCCGCCGCCGACGAUGGCAGGGCUUCGCCCGACCGCGUCCUAUGGCAGCGGCGGGGGAGGAGGGAGGGCGCGGGGAAGACUAGGGGCGGCGGCGGGUUCCUCCCCGUCGCCCACGGGAGCGACGCGGGAGGAAAGAGAUGUCUCAUGAUUUAUGGUAGCCCAAAAAACCGGCGAGUGCUCCUUCCCUCCCUUUCUUUCUCUGUUCUCUCUCGCUCUUCGCUGCUAGUUCUACGUGUGUGAUAACGCGUUUUGAGGCGAAAUGGAAACUUCUAUUGAUCAGGAGUUGCAGAUUACAAUUUAUA